UAGAAAAGAAAGUCCUGCGCGUUCUCUUACAUGUUGCACGUAAAUGGCUUUAGAUGCAUAUUGCUCCCAAUAGACACCGUCUUCGUCGAGUCUCGACUUCGUGUUCUCUAUACGCGCGCCGGUACUAGCAUGUAUAAAGUACUGCACACAUAAAAAGUGAGACAUCUACCUCAACAUAUACGCGAGUAACUUUAUGUAUCUUUAUACGCACAUCCUGCGUCUUGGCGCGGGCGCGUGAGAUGCAUUUGCGGGUGUGUGGCCUUUUUAAAGUCGCGCAUACGCCACGAGAAGUCACACGAUUGUGAGGGCACCUUUAACACCCGCCGCGAGGGGGCUAAAGCGCAGGCCUCGAAUCGAUCCUCCACCCCCCUCGGGAGCCAGCGCGUCCGCGAGGAGCAACCCCCGGCCGACGACUCUGUUGUCGACCCAACAACAGUUCAAAACCACCCGAGAACACCGCGGCAAACAUGGCGUUGGAUUUUGCAGCCACUUAUAAGGUUCUAGUGUUGGGCGAUUCGAACGUCGGCAAGACCUGCAUCGUGCAUCGUUACUGCGAUGAACGGUAUUACGACACUUACAUCUCGACGAUAGGUAUCGAUUUCAAACAAAAGAUCAUUAACCUAGACGGAACGCCAAUUAAAUUACAAAUUUGGGAUACCGCCGGCCAAGAAAGAUUUCGCACUUUAACAACGGCAUAUUAUCGUGGCGCCAUGGGUAUUCUUUUGAUGUACGACGUCACUAGUUUGGAGAGUUUCAACCAUCUGUCUUACUGGCUGCGAAAUAUUCAAGAAAAUGCGUCACCGGACGUAGUAAAAGUUUUGGCAGCGAAUAAGUGCGACGCGACCGCGCAUCGCGCCGUGGACGCCGAGAGAGGCCAGAAGAUUGCCGAAAAUUUCGAUAUGCCCUUCUUCGAGGUAUCGUGCAAGGAGAAUAUCAAUAUCGAGGAGGCUUUUCUCACCUUAGCCAGAAGAAUACGGGAGCAACGGGGUCGCCGAGCCAGUCUGUUCGAAGCUUCCGAGAGAGAAGGCGCAGACAGUAUUAUUAAGGCGCAGUCACCGUCUCAGCAGGGUGACGCCUGGAGAUGCACCUGUUAGUUCGGAUAAUCAUCGAAAGUCUAUUCGGUUGGGGACUUCGACGGCAGCCAGGUAUUAAACUCGGAUGGGCACUUCAUCCGUAUCUUACACGAAAAAGGGACGCCGGUUUCCAUACCUGUAUAUAUACGCAUCGCGACCAACGAUCAUCAGCCGUCGUCGAACGGAGAUCGAUCUGGACGCGAGAAUGGUGUUUGCAUACACCUUGCGAGGGCGAAUUGCCUGGGCAAGUGUUCGCGAGACAUUAUUACACACCAUCUUGCAAUAAUCGCAACGGAUAUUAUAGAUAUUAUCUCGUAAACUCUGCACCCUCUAUUACAAGCGAGAGCCGAAUAACGUUAGCGCGAAAAUGACAGAAUGAAACAGAUGAUCGUGGAUCAAUCGACGCGUGAUCAUCGUCACGAGACGUCAUUCGACGCGAGCUCUCACGCUCUGAAUCAUUCGAACACGUACACACAUACAUAUUACAUUAAGAUUGAGCCACAUUUGCGAAGUUGUCGCGAAGUUUAUCUAUGAUAUGCGAUUAUACGUCGUAGAUGUCUACUUAUAGAGAUAUGAGUCACGCUCGCGCGAAUAUAAAGACUCGGCAAAACUCUCGCUAAAUGGGAAUGCCUGAACGCAUCGUCGAGGAACGCGAGGACGAACAAUCUGAUUGAUGAUGGGCCAGUUAACUCACAAAUGAAUAGAUCAUCUUUAUUCCACGCGAGUUUGGCGUCAAUGUGCGUGAUACGUCACGGGGAAAGAUCAGCUGAGAGAGAAAAGACUACAAGCUGAGCAUUAUAAAAAAAAUUCGAAGAUUUCGCUUACGAACAAAUUUCGUGUAAUCUCGAUGUUAUAAAUUUGUGUAGAUCGUACGCGAAAAAUCGUAUAUCAGGCGAUUCAAAGAUGUUCGAUUAGAUUCACUUGACGUAUCGAUAAGGCCUAACUGGAGAAGGAAAACAUCCUCUCGAUGCUACUAAGGCGACAUUACACAUUUUUGCAGUAAUCGACGUAUUACUAUAUUAUUACAUUUAUUAUGUCUACGCGAAAAAGACAUCAUCAAGCGCAUUGUGAUUAUACUGUCUGAAAACGACGCUACUAUACGAGACUUGCGAUUACCACUGUUGUCUCUUGUCGAGGACCAGGGCCCUUCCUUUACGGGAGGACUUGCGCGAUUAUGUCGGGUUCAUUUGAUGCACAGAUGCCAAAGUUUGCAAAAUAGAUGUUUCCUUGUACGUCGCGAGCAUAUAUAGCAGAUAUUAACGAGCAAAUUAAGAAGAAUAACGUUCAUUUUAAUAUCAAAGCAUGUGAAUAUAAUCUCUUUAAAUGACACACGAUUGAAAAUGUGAAAAUAUUUUAAGAAGAAUUAAACGUUAAUAAUCAAAAUCUUAUUUUAAUCUAAUAUAUUUCACAUUAGCAAUGAUACACUGAAGGUAAAAGCGCGAGUCUUGGAGGAAAAUAUUAAAAGAAAUAUUCUGAUGAUCUUAAUAUUAUGUUUAAUCAAAUAUUUAUUGUAUUACUGUACGCAGAAUUUUUUUACGAGAGAAAAUGAAAUUGACGUGUAUAUUCAUAAAAAAAGAUUGUUCUCUCUCUCUCUCUCUCUCUUUCUGCUUUAAGUAAAAAUAACAUAGCGUAAGAGCAUGUUAUUUAUCUUAAAAACCGCCGUGUUAUUUUUAUUCGCGUGUUUAUUAAAAACGAUAUAUUUUCAGAUAUUGAAUUAAAAUCGCGAAACGAGGCCAAAUUGAUAUCGACUAGAGCACUUGACAUCUGUAUAUCAAACCUUUCAUAUCGAUAUGAAUACACAUACGUGAUAAACCACGCUUAAUUGAUCUGUUUUGAUAAUCGUAAUGGAAUACAUCUUCAGCAAUCUUUCUUACGUAAUGGAGUACAUUUUCGGCAAUCUAUCUUACGUUCGAUGUGUCGCGAAUGGCAUUUUUUUCAGCAAUGCAAUACAUUCUGCUAUAGAAUGCCGGUGCAUCAAUCUUAUUUCGUAUAAAAAAAAAAAAAAAUAACGAAGGAGCACUUAAUAGCAUCCUUAAUAAAAUUUUUUCACAAACCAUAUCUAUGGCCAGAGAGAAGGAUUAAGGCUGCGAAAGAUUAGAUUAGCUGCCAAAUAACACUGCUACAAUAUGCGCACAUUUCAACUUAUAUAUUCGCGCACGAUUAAAUUGACAGAAUCUCAUAAUUUUAAAAAGUUCAAGAGAGAGCUGUUUUAUAUAAAUACAUAAAUUUCUUGAUUUUCGAUUUAUAUGUAUAAAUUUUUCGUACGUUUUUUUACUCGCAAGACAGAUUUAUUGAACUUGCGUUAUAAUCAAUGUAGGAUUGAAGGAAGAAUUAAUCGCAUAAAAUUUUUACCGAAAAUGUAAUAUAAUUAAAAUCAUAUUAUCAUAUUAAUCAUAUGACAGGAGACAGUAUGUAAAUUAUAGGAUUUUUUUAUUUAAGAUCCAAUUUAAUUUGUUCAAUCUUAGGUUUUAUAUUGUUUAGAGAAUUAUCAAUAUUUAUUAUGAUAUAGAGAAGCGCACAAUUUUUUUCUAACAAACGUAGAAAUCAUCUCUUCGCUCUUUUGACGAGGUCACUUUCAUCAUUCGCACUUCUCGUUUACGCUGACAGAAAGACAAAAGCCUUUAUUGUGCCUAUCAAUGAUUAAGAAGAAGGAUAAAGAACGAGAUGAGAGAAAAAAAAAUGGUAUAUUAUAUGAGAUAUCGUACGGAAAUCGCUUUGUGAUCGAUGAAUAAAUUAUGAGUUGGUAAUUAUAAGACGAUAUUGAUGCUCCUCGAUCAAAGUUCCAAUUAAAAGUCUCACUUCACCGAUAUCUCUGAGGACUUUGCACUCUUGGGAUCACAUGAGAAUUGGAGGAUUACUUUUGCGAUAUUUUUUUUUUUUCUUUAUAGUCUCAAAAGUCAAGUCUCUCGUCUCUUAUAGCGAACCGCGAUUUUCACCGCUGUGAUUUCUAAUUUAUAUAAAACAACAAUCGUUGCGUAUCACCGCCAAUUUCACAGCAGCAUUCAUCGUUCGUUGCAAUUCGAAAUUGCAUUGCGAGUGGCAAUCCCGUAGUAUGCAUUACUAACGGUAUACCGUUUUGCUGAUGCAGUAUUAAAAGCGCCAGUAAAAUUUUGCGAAAAAUCACUUUCUCGCGCUUUUCGCACGCUUGCUGGCACGAAUUCGCGAAUUGCAUCGCGACAGUUGAUCGAACUUAAAGAGCGCGUGCACUAGACGAAAAGUGCAUUAUAUCUGUCGCGAUGGAUUGACAUCGCAGUGACGCGAUGUCGAUGAGAAAAAAAAAAAACAAAAAAAAAACGAGAGCACUUCACGCUCGUUAACGAAUUAGCGAUCGACACGACACGAUUUGUUUUCUUUUUCAGCCGUAUCCUAAACGUAAUAGUUAUGGCAUAGGCUUUGUACCAUUUGCACAAGACGAUACAUACUAAAAAUAUAUAAAUUAUAUAUACAUAUAUAUUAUAUAUAUACAUAAUGGUAUAUAUAUUUGUUGCUUUUAUAUAUUUAUAAAUUGCGGCAUAUUUGUAUAAAAACACUACGGAAUUCAAUUAUCUUGCCUGCCAAGCAGCAUGCGCGUCCUUUAAUUAGCGCAUGGUUUCCCAAAUUAAAUGUGAGCGAGAAUUCAAUUUUUUAGUAUUUAUUUUCCACGAGUCUGAAGUUCAUAGCGAGGCAAAAACAACGAAAUUAAAAUAUUUUAGUUAUUUUUAAUGAGAAAUUUCAUUGUGAUUUCAAAUUUUUUUUAAAUAACACUGAGAAUGUAGUUAUUGAAUGAGUGACAAAGUUUAAAUAUCUCAAUUCAACCAUAAAAGUUUCAAAUAUAUAAAUGUUUAUAUUGUUGUCUGAUGGACCAAUAUAUGAUUUUUUUAAAUUUGGGAAACCUUGAAUUAGCGGAAAUUAGAUACGAUUAGGGAGAAACCUGGAUGUUGAGUGAGCUCUGUUCUCGUCAACUCACCUUUUUUAGAUGCGCGCGUAAUUUAUCAGGACCGUUAAUUUUUGUUUCAUAGACCGUCAGUGGCGAAGAGAAGCCCCCAUAUAUUUCGAUAUUAUUCUGGAUCCUCCUAAAAAAAAAAUUAAUUUCUUUAGUCGAAAGCGAUGCAGAAAAAAAAAGAAAGAAGAACGAAAUAGAUCUUUCACGUAAAUGAUCGAUUGACGUAAAAUUAACGGCGUAAGAUCGCAUUCGACUAUUGAGUUUCGAUUAAUAUGCAAAUGUACGGGUGUAUUUGUUUCUCGCGAAAAAUAUGGGAAGGAAAUAAUAGAGAAUAAAAAAAGGAAGUCAAUUUUCAAAACACUGUGUCGCCCACGUGGACGGUAGAGUCGCUUGUAUGAAUUUUUUUCAAGGAACGCUGGUUCGUUUGCCUUCGAUAUGCUUGAUUUCUCAUCCGAAGCUGGUCUUCGGCUGAAAAGUCUUUCGGAAGAGAAUUUUUUAUACGACUUAGUUGAUGCCUGCCACGUAUGUGCCCGCGCGUGCAGCGCUGUAACUAGUAUUUUUUUUUUUUAUAUCGCGAACGCAUGUGUGUUUUAUUAUUUAUUUACAUCUUAUUCUUGAGAUUCGGAAAUUUUUUUCGCCUUAUAUUCGCGCAGAUCUUUCGUUUAUUGUUAGAUUUAUAAUUUCUCGAUGUCAUAUAUCUCUACGAAUUUCUAGAGAAUUCGGUUUUAUAAAUUUUUGGAUUCUGAAUUAUACGAUUGUAGUUAUAUCAUUAAUUUUAUAUUCUAGUUAUGGCUCUGCAAAUAUUCGUAGCUCUCGGUUUUCAACGAUCUUGCAAUUUUCAACGAUACGAUGAAAGUUUCUCGAUAGAAAUCAGCUAUGUUUUUGUUACAAACUCUGUUAAGAUAGAAUAUAGAAAUAGAAUAUGGAUUGUGUGUGAUCGGGCAAACAGUUCUGGCUGCCAAAUUUUUCAGUAUGCGUCACAAAAUAAGAUAAUCUUUAUUAUAAAAUUUUUACUAUAUUAAUGCUCUUAAAGUUAAAAGAAAAGUUCUUGGAAUUAAAGUUUUCAGAACUUGCUAUAUUAAUGCUUAAAUUUAAUAAAAUUGAAAGUGUAAUAUUUUUAAAAUUUUGUAGAAUAAAAUUUCUCCAAGCACGAGGAAACGCUUUGCCCGAUCACGGAGGAAAUAAUGGCAAAGAUGUUAAACAUAUGACAUAAUAACACAGCUUUUACAACAUUUCAUUUGUCAUUACAUCACCUCACCCUCAAUAAUGAGUAUCAUGUUUACGUAAUUUAAUUCUUUCGCGAUCGAUUAUCUAAAUGUGUAAGUGUAUAAGUUUUUAAGUUUGUAGAAACAACUUGUUCAACUCGAUGUCUGAAUCAAUAAUAAUAUGAAUAAAAAUACACACUUUUUACCUA